AGCAGGCGGAGCUGGCCGAGCCGAUCCGCUUUGUCAGUCCGCGCGUUUCGUGGAGGUGAUAAUGUAAACGUGACAGUGAAGUUUCAUGUUUGUUUCUGGCCCGCGCCGCAUGAUGCGUGACACCUUCUCGAGCUGCAGUAUCUACCAAGUGUAUAACUUUUGCUAUUGUUAUAAGUAACCAAAGGCCUGCACAAAACGAGGAAGCAUGAGGAGCAGGAGCAAUUCUGGCGUCCGGCUGGACUACUAUCAGCGCCUGCUGUACCGCACCAUCCUGAACCACCAGGAUCCUGUCACUGGCCUGAUCCCGUCCCAGAAGUACGAGAACCAUGCAUGGGUGCGUGACAACGUCUACUGUGUGCUGUCGGUCUGGGCACUGUCCAUGGCCUACAAGAAGAAUGCAGAGCUUGACGAAGAUCGUGCCAAGACGUACGAGCUGGAGCAAAGCUGCGUCAAGCUGAUGCGCGGUCUGCUCAUGGCCAUGAUGAAGCAAAAGGACAAAGUCGAGCGCUUCAAGGAGAGCCAGAGCCCUGCGGACUGCCUCCAUGCCAAGUACAGCUCCGUGACGGGGAGCACCUGUGUCAGUGAUGCGGAGUGGGGUCAUCUGCAGCUUGACGCUACUUCUGUGUACCUUCUAGUGCUAGCGCAGAUGACUGCAUCGGGCCUCCAGAUUGUGUUCAGCCUCGACGAGGUGGCAUUUGUGCAGAACCUCGUGUUUUACAUAGAGAACGCUUACUGCAUUCCAGAUUAUGGCAUAUGGGAACGCGGCGACAAGACCAACCACGGACUUCCAGAGCUCAAUGCCAGCUCUGUGGGUGCUGCCAAGGCUGCAUUGGAGGCCAUGAAUGAGCUGGACUUGUUCGGCGGCAGAGGCGGACCACCUUCAGUCAUCCACGUGCUUCCAGACGAAGCCCAGAAGUGUGAUGCAGUGCUCAACUCGAUGUUGCCACGGGAGUCUAGCUCAAAGGAAGUGGGUGCGGCAUUGCUAACAGUGAUUGGUUUCCCAGCGUUCUCGGUCACAGACCCGGAACUGAUUGAAACAACACGAACAGCUGUCAUUGAAAAGCUUCAGGGCCAUUACGGCUGUAAGAGGUUCCUGCGGGACGGCUACAAGACUGCAAGAGAGGAUUCUCGAAGGUUGCAUUAUGAACCUUGGGAACUGAAGGCAUUUGACAACAUCGAGUGCGAAUGGCCUCUCUUCUUCUGCUACAUGAUCAUAGAUGCUUGCUUUAGGGGUGAUAAGGGCAUGGUGGACGAGUAUUCUGAAAAAUUGGAACGAGUUAUGAUAAGGACAGAGGAAGGUCUCAGACAUGUACCCGAAAUGUAUGGUGUACCUGCAGACAAAGUGCAUCUGGAAUCUGAGAUGCCCCACAGUCAGGCCAGGGUGCCGAUUGGGCAGGUUCCUUACAUGUGGUCGCAGUCUCUGUUCAUACUGGGCCGUCUUUUGCAGGAAGGCUUCCUUGCGCCUGGUGAGUUGGACCCACUGAAUCGUCGCCUGUGCUCCCUGAAGCGGCCCGAAGUAGUAGUCCAGGUGGUAUUGUUGGCUGAAGAUGCAUACCUCCAGGAAAGGCUCUCAGCUAUCUAUGCAGACAUUCAGACAGUCAGUGAGGUGUGCCCUUUUGAAGUGCAGCCAGCUCGAGUGUUGGGGGAGCUUUAUUCCUACCUAGGCCGAAACUGCAAGCUUGGUCUUAAGGGCCGUCCAACCAAAGAUGUGGGCCUGUUGGCAACAAGCAAGCUCUACCUGCUCCAGGACCGACUAUUUGUCUUCUCACCACAGAACUUGGACAGUGAAGAGUUUCACUUGGUGAAUGAUGGAGACCUCUUUGCGGACACUCUGUGCUCAAACAUUUCUGUACUGCAGUCACACUGGAACAUUCUCGGGCGACCAACGAUGGUUGUGACACUUCAGCAAAGACAGCUGGUGAAUGGGAAGGUUCCACUUAGCUUGCGCCAGACAGUUAAGAAGUUGUCCAGCGGCUACGUCAAUGGCACGAGAGUUUGCUUAGGCAGGCUUGGCGAUUUUGUCAGCACUUCCUGCAUUGCCAGUCUAGACUUCUUGAGAGAUUAUGAAUAUGGGAAUCCAGAAAGCCUGCCGACACAAGUGCGGGACUACCUGGACCGGGAAAUGCGGCGCACAUGGCUUAAUCGUCCCGGGGCCAUCAUGCAUGACCCUUUGCGAAUGGGCAUCCCAGGCGCUCGCUCUCGAAAAUCUGGCGUUGCUGGUCUCGUGAAACGCUCACGCUCGAUCACCAGUCGAGAUGGUCUUGACCCCGAGUUCAACACGUUCAUGUCGUCAUAUCCAACCACCACUGUAGCUUCCAUCACACCCCGUCGCAGGUCCCUCGAAGAAGAGCUGCCACUCCGAGCAAUGUCGGAGUUGCACCUUGACCACGUUGCUGAGUGGGAGUUGUUGAACACACUGCGUGAGACUGAUUCUCUCGAGGAGCAAGGGGACAUUCUUCACUACCUUUCUGUUCACAAGGGCCUCAACUGGGACACAGGACUGGGCCAGCCACACUCGGUGGUCACAGUUAAGGACCUCUUUCAGGACUUCUACGAACGCACCUGCCAAGAGCACAAGUGGGGGCUGGUGCGGCACUUCGCAAGCUGCCUCGGGAAGCGGGUUGAGGACCUGGCCAAGUCGGUGACAGAUCUCCUGGUGCGCCAGAAGCAGGUGACGGUUGGCAUGCCUGCACACCAAGAGGAGGUCAUCACUCGGCCAUUGUCAACCAAGGAGCUACGAAGCAUCAUCGCGCGUGUUCACAGGAAUGACCAGAGCACGGCCAUGCUGACACAGGAGCUGCUUGCCUACCUGGCCAUGUUCAUACGAACAGAACCCCACCUGUUCCGUGAGAUGCUGCGCUUGCGUGUCGGCCUCAUCAUUCAGGUCAUGGCUGCUGAGCUGGCACGUGCAACAAAGUGUUCGCCGCAUGACACAGCCGACCUCCUCCUCAAUCUCAGUCCCUUCGAGAUGAAGUCGCUGCUGCGGAACAUCUUGAGUGGCCAAGAGCUAGCUGCUGUCAAAAGCAUAUCGGCAGUUAGCCCAGGAAGCUUCGCUGCCAAGUGCAGUAUCGUGGAUACCUUUGUCCAUGGAGACGUAGAAGAUGACUCACGGGUGUCUGGCCGCCAGGGGCAAUGGCUACGCCGCCGGCGCCUCGAUGGUGCCCUUAACCGCGUACCCGUCGACUUCUACUCUGGUGUCUGGCACGUGCUGGAGCGUUGUCCCGGCGUAUGGGCCGGCGGCCAGUGCCUUCAGCAAACGCUCACCAGGGAGAUGACUCCUGGGGAACUGAAGUUUGCGCUCCGCGUCGAAGAGAUGCUGAACAAGGUUCCCGAGCCUGAGUACAGGCAGCUGCUUGUGGAAGCCCUCAUGGUGCUGAGCCUAGUUGUCGAAAGCGAAGCCGUGGCAAGCUUCAGCAUGCCCAUUGACGUCGAGGCCAUUGUCCAGAGGGCGCACGCCCUGUUUCUUGAGGACCAACGCUUUUGCCGAGGGAACUCGAUGCUUUGCUGUACGGGGAGCACGCCCAUUGUUGCCUGCUGUCGGACAGCGGGGCUCUGCCAGCAUUUCCUUGACAGUGCACCCAGCGGCUGUUUCGGCACCAUGACAUACCUGGUUCGCUCGGUGGCCUACACGCUCCACGACCUCCCGCAGUCGGUCCUCGAGUGUCCGGUUUCGUGAGAUCCCAUUUGGCUCGAUAAUCAAGGACAAGGCCUUAUGUAGAGAUGGUCACAGCAAGUGUCAAGUUUGUAUUUGCGGGAAUGCUUACCUAUCCUUUCAGUAGUUACUGCAUUUGUCACGACAUGCACAUAUGGGUCGACAAAUCCCAAAUAUGUCUUUGUACUUGCCACCUGUGCACGUAAAUCUUGUAUGGAGAUCUUGUUUGGUAUAUUGAUUUGCACAAUAAUAUAUACUGUGUGGUAUUGGUAUUUGCUUGGUCCAUGAAUUAACUGCUAAAUUUCAGUGUUGGAUCACUGUAGUCUGCAGCUGAAGCAUUCCAGGCAUACCUUCGUAUAUUUGUGUUGGUUUUCUUAAUUUCUGCUGCCUUAACGCUUUCAUCAGGCCAACUGCCACACUCCUAAAAUAUAACAUCAUCAGUGGCAUUUGGCACGUGGCAUAGGCAUCUUAAGCUGCCUCGAGAGACACUCGUAGAACUUCUUAUAGUUGCUAGGCAAGGAAUGUGGACCUGCUGCAUUGUACGCAUAGAAUUGCCAAGAAGUCAAAAGAGGAGGAGGGGGUGGUGCCUUGAAUUAGCAUCUUUCUUAAAGAGCCAGGAACAGCGAAAUCACCUUGAAGAUGCUUCUGGUGUAGAGUGUUUUGUCCGUCAUAUUGACCAAGUCACUAGUGAAACAACUCCUAAAUGCUAUGUUUAUUAUAAUAGUACUAGGGGUGUUCGAAUAGCACAGUUUUCUAACCAAACUGAAUCUGAAUAUUGGAGAGAAAAACAACUUUUGAAUAUCGAAUCGAUAAUUGAAUACUUUCUUAUUCUCAAGAUGACUUGAAACAUAAAGUUUGCGCACAGUCCAUUUGUUUGAAAGAAAAAAAAAAGGGGUUUAUAUCCAUCAUUUAUCAUAUGCAUGUAAGAUACUAUUUGCAACUAGACCUCGGGGCAUCUGAGGGUCUUGUAAAUGAGAAAAAAGCUGCUUUCAGUUAAGCUGGGGCACCAUAGCAACGAUAUUAAUAGAACAGGGGAGCAGCAAGUCAUCGAAUACAUGUGCGUUGUUGUGUUCGUAGGAGGUGAGAAGCGCGAUACUACAGCACUGCACAUUGUUUUAAAGGCAGGCAAACAUGGCGAGACUGGCUAAAUAAUAAACCGAAACCGAUUUGUAUAUAGGCUGCCUAAAUGCGAGCCAUUAAUAUUGAAAGACUGCAAAUUAUUAGGCAGAUGUUUUUUGCUUUGUGCGUGCAGUCAGAAACUGAUGCCCCAUGCACAACUACCACAGCUCCUCUGCAGCGGAAUCAUUCGGGACCUCUCUCCACUUCCGUCGUUGUGUCCUUUGCGAGACUCCAAUAAGUGUUAUUCCUUGUAUAUUUGAAAGAAAUGAAUAUUCAACAACUUCAAAUAGUGAAUCCUCAUACCAAAGCGAAUAGCAGGGACUGUUCAAUUUGUAUUCUAAAUGUAAAAUACUUGCACACUCCUAAUUAUUGCAUAGAAACAUGUUUUUCUUAUAGUGUAAGCACUUGUGCUAAGGGGUCAAGUCAGUUAAGACAGUUAACUCAAAUGUAAGCGGACACAGGUAGACCAUUGCAGUUGGAGGAAAGGCAGAGUCUGCACUUACGGUGUGUCAUGUUUCUGUUUUCUUGUUGCAUAAAAUGCGAGUAAACAUUAAAUCUGGAUGUACUAAAUGAAAACCAAGACAUUCUGUGAAAAUUUCAUAUUUAAGAAUGCAUUAUUUUUGCAACUGUGGCCAUGUUUCAGGACAAGCCACAGUUGAAACAAGCAGAACCAUAGAUACCUGAGCAUUUCCACGAUGGUGCAGCGCCUGCUGGUAAACUCAAAUAGAUGGUGGAAUUAAAUUUUUCUCUGGGUAAUACAGUAGAACCUCGUUGAUGCGAUCCUGUUGGGUACAAUUUCGUGGGGCCAAUGUUCAUGAUCGUGGACAUAAAAGAAAUGACCCAGUACAGCCAAGCUUCUUUUUUACCGGUUCACACAUUUUUGAAAAAUGCAACCUUUCGGCAUCAACAUCAACGCAUCGUCAAUCUGCUGUCGUAUAUGUUUUCUGGGCGCUAGAUCCCGUGUAAAUAAGAAAAGAUGCGAGGCGGGCACGAUUGAGAACAGUAGCCGCCUGCCGCAGCAACUUCCCCACAAUACUUGCCCACCCAGCUCACAUCAAAAAGCCGGAACGCACUCAUUUUCUUAUUGCUGUACCAGCACAUCCUAUUCAAGGGUCCUCGCAUGCCACGUUCACCAACCCUAUUGCAAUUGGCAUCUUUACCUACCUUUUAGACACUAUGUGGGGCAUAGUGCCAUUAGAAGCAUGCUGCAUGCUUUUAAUAGGAGGUUACCCAAGCACGCCGCUGUUCGCUGCUGCAGGCAGCGUGAAGCGAAUGUCAUUGUUUACUCUGGUGGCAUCAUAGUCGUCAUAUUACAGCGUCGCCCACCAGCUCAGUAUCAUUUCGGUUUCCCCUUGUUGUCAUAGAAACGCUAUGCGAUAGGAAAACUACGACGCAUGUCUCAGGUCGCUCGGGCCCCACAAACUGGACGUGCGUUGAAGCCCUGAGCUGAAGUGAUUCACACAGUACUGCACAUUACGUAGAUAGCAACUACAUAAUAGUCUUUGGAAUUUUUUUUAGUGACUUGGGACCAUGCAUUUUUUUCGCGCGUUUUGUUCCAAAAUGUAUGAACGAGGUUCUACUGUAUAGCAAAUAAGGAAAUUAAAUCAUAGCUUUCCCAUUAGGGUGAAGCAAUGAAUGCAACUGCAACAUGUUAGAAUAUUACAUAAAGUGUAAGACUUGUAGCUGUAGUGGCAGCUACGAGUGUUCUAGUAAACGUAAUUCUAGUAAACAUAAGCUGACUAAGUAAGAACAUGCUCUUUUGCUAGGGGUCCUCUGUUUGAAUCCUGCCAUUGGACAAUUUCAUUUAUGUUUAUUAAUUAAAGCCAACGUCUUUCUUAGAGACUUUACCACCACUUUUCUGUAUCAGGUAUGUUGCGAACCUCUUUCCUGGGCCGAUCAUAAAGGUAGUGCACAACCACACCACUAAAUUUACAUAAUUUUCAGGUUCAAGCUCUGUUAUUGUUUUGCACUUUUAAUAUUUAAAAGUUGAAGAAGAUUUAAGAUAAAAGGCAUGUGCUGUCAGUGUAUUGUUUCAUGACAUUUAAUUGUGGUGACUAGCACAAGAGUGGACACAGGACAGUAAAAAGGCAACAAGCGCUUGUCCUUGUCGCCUUUUUAGUGUCCUGUGUCCACUCUUGCACUAGUCACAUCAGAAUGGAAUACCAACUAGCCCGGUCUCACACCCUGAUUUAAUUGUGGGCUGCUAUUCUCAAAAUUCUGAGGAAUAAUUUGUCAAGAAUGUAAGACCUAAUAUGGGCAACCUCAGUGAUAGAAUGGUGUGGCAAUAUAACCCGCGUAUACCGUAUGUCAUAUAGCAUGGCAUGGCAUAUAGCAUGCAUAUACCUAAAUAUAUGCGAAGCUUUGUGGCAGCGGCAACAGACAGUGAUGACGACACAAAAAUUCGUUCAGAGUGUCCAUAUAGUUGCUAUUGCAAUAGAAGCAUUAUGGGACCUUCCUCACACCCAGAUGCUCUGCCCCACUCCUCAAACAGUGCACAUUGGCGACAUUCCUCCCCUUUCUUCUCCUAUACCAGAGCUAAGUGCCCAGCAUGACAUUUGCAUCACAAUCCCUGCUUUCUUUUCUUCUCCUUCUCUUUUACAGCAAAGCUGUCCAGGAGAGUUUUGCAGCCAUUUUCAUGUGGUGAAAGCCAGCAUGAGGCCGCAUGGGCUCGUUAACACUUGGCAGUGGAACCUGUGUUAAAGUCCCGAAUUUUUGCAUUGAAACAAUUUCAGUGAUUAUAAAAUAAAAGUUACCUUGCCUACACCUCCCACGAAUAGACAGCACCUCUCUGCGGAGUUUUUUUUUUUUUUUUUUUUUUUGUUUCUUUCUGUUUUUUUUUUUAAGCCAGUAGUCUGCAAUUUUUGUUUCUCGCAUUGUGUUUAACCAGCUCUAUGUUGAAGGUCAGCUCGAAGUCUGUAAGGGGACGAUGGUAACGAGCAGCCAGCAACACAGCCCGAGUGGGAGGCCCGAAGCAGCUGUAUGACCAGGGUGUUGGUGAGAAUGCACGUGGUGCAUUGGUGAUAAAUCAUCACUAAGUAAAGCCAGCAAACAGCCCCUAGUAUACUUCUGAAGGGUGUCAGAACUCGCUUGUAUGCAGCUUUACUACCUUUGCUGGGUCAGUUUCUCAGAUAGACAUACAUCUGCAAAGGUUUUUUGUUAAUGCAUUGUGCAAUCAUGCUGCUGUCAGGUAUUUGUGCCCUGCUAGCAGGAAGAGCCACUCCUCUUAUAAGGGUGCACAGGCUUCUGUUUGAAUUUUCAGCUGUUCUUGCAGCUUACACCUAUCUACGUAUAAUAACAAUACAUUUUUACUAGGUGGGCUACACGUCACUCUUGUCCGUUUCACUAAUGCUGUUGUCAGGUAAGAAGCCCUUUAAGAGUGUCUGCAACAUUUCAAUUUAGUAAAUCAGCUCACACUCCUGAACACCUACUGUAAAAUACCACGGGAGCGCCCACUCCACUUUCCAUGGACAAUGGGUUAAUCUAGAUAUGGGCACUUGGCCGGUCGGAGCAGUAAAAACCAAAAUGGCGGCCAACGAAAAACUUCGAGGCAGGGCUACAGUGGCUAUGGAAUCGAAGAAAGCAUGUUUAUUUUCAAGUGGUAAAUGAUGGAGUACACUAGUGCCUACUCAUCGUCAGUGAACCCAGUGAACGACUCUUUUUAGUCGGUGCAGAAUAGGAGGUCAAUGUAUCCGUCGCUGACACUCGCACGACUUGAACACACCACGGGCUCUCCGGUGCUUGCAAGACGGUUGUGCAAGUUGUCGUCUUCAGUCUUCACUGCAGUCCAAUGCAACACUGAUCCCACACCCCUUGAAGGAUUGCAUGACCAUCUCUUUAGAAGAAGCAGCCUAAGCUGUCCACGCGAAGUUCAACAUGUCUUGGCACGAAGGCUUCCGGAGGUUUCCUUUAGGUGUCUUCGCUCCCUUCCUCAUGAACUCAGCCCAUGACAGGUGGAGGGAGAAAUUCUCAGUGCUUCCUCUGUUAGGAGCUGGUUACUGACGGUGUGGCCAGCAUCUCUUUCCAUUUGAUGGUAAUCAAAAAGGGCGUCGUCCAGCUCCUCAUUGAAGAUGGGCCCGCCAUCCAUGAGUUUGCGCUUCAUCUUCUGCUUGUUCAGGUGCUUUAGGGCAUCAUACUUGGAGUCCACUUGCGGAUUUUCUUUCUGUCUACCUUGAAAUGCCGAGAGGUGCAUCUCAGAUUCUUUCCCGACGUGUAGUACCACUCGAUGACUUCGAUCUUCCUGGCAACGGUGUAGAGGUGUGUUAUGCGGCUAACGGAUUGCACAAGAAGUGUGGGAAUAGAGGCUGUGUGCACACUUUAUCAAAGUGUGUCUCACAAAAGCCCUUUGACCACCAGGUUUUCUUUCAAGCACUGCUCACUGUCACUGUGCAUUACCUUCACCCUCAUCAUUUUUUCCUUUCCACCUCAAGGAAGCGAAUAUCCCCGUCAUCACCACCAGCAGUGACGACUGCAGUAAGCGACUGCAGUGGGGUGAAUAUUUCGGUUUAUGCUGGUGCAUUGGAGGGGGAGCGCGCUUAACGUAUAAUUUUCAGAAUUCUGAAGUUUUGGAAAUGUUAAUACUUGCCACUUGUGCAAAACUGGGUGCUUCCACAGUAUAUUACGGUAAGCCUAAUAUUCCUGUACUCUCAAGCCUGCAUUAUAAGUGAAAGGACUGUGUGCUUGUCAGCUGCCUAAAACGCUGCCACUUCUUGCGUGUAUAUUCCUGUACUCAAUUAAACACGGUGGCCAUUGGCUGGAUUUCCUCAGCCGAUAUCACAACUAAGCAUUGCCUCUCCUAGAAGCAUGGUGGUAGUAUGAUUUUAAAUGCUAGAUUUAGACAUUCUAUUUGCAGUCAGUAGGUGACGUGAGCAGCUAGAUAACGUGGGUUGCUACAGAUAUUUGUUGAAGGCUGCACUAGGAUUCUUGACAGAAAGUGGCACUUAAAGGACAAUUGUCUCGUGCAUUUCUGUUGAUUGGGGAAACGUUACAAUAAUUAACAAUAUGUUUAUUAUGUCUUGCACUUUCAGAAACAGACCACAUUCCCAAAGAAUCGGGGCAUUGUGACAGAUUGAUGUGAUGUGCGUGCAGUGUUGAAUGCCAUGAUAGACACAAAAAAAUGAGAAGCUAAUUAUAGUCUUCUAUUUUGUACGGGUUAUUUAUUGUUUUUAAAGUAGUUAUGGGCACUAACUUGCAAGCCCAUGCAUUUUCUUGUGGUAAGGACCAUGGUUUAUGUACUAUUUUCUUUAUAGUAUCUUGUGAACGGCACUUUUAGCAGAAGGCUGUACAUUCCCUCAAACAUCUUCACUCAUUGAAUCAUAAGUUUUCUAUUCUCUCCACAUUGAGAACGCUCUUUCGAACUGGAAGUUUGGAGACUAUCACCAUCACUGCAGGCUUCUCUUGUCGUUCUUCAAAAGCUGUCCUCUGUGCUGUGCAACUUACCGCUGCAAUCAGCAAUGUUCCUAAGCACUUGCCCUGGGAUUUACGUCAACUACACCUCCUACCAAAUACUUCAGCUUUUGAUUUGGCACAUCAGGUGAUCGUGCUAGCUGCUAAAGAGCUAUUCAAACGCUGCUGAUAAAAAUACCACAUGAUUACGAGCUUUGUGGUUUCAUCACGAUUGUGUCAGUGAUAUUUACUUUGAAUUUGCAAAAGAUAUGGGUGAAGUGAAGUUUAAUUGCAGUUGAGUCUGGAGCCAGGAAAGAUAAGGUAUGGCAGUAGGAAUCAAGACCUAGACUUUUUCACAAUGCUGGUCACGCGAUCACUACUGUUUGAAUGGUAUAAUAAAAAUCACUGUAGCAAGCACUGUUAUGAGCUCCUGGGAAAAAAAUUAAAUUGUGGGGUUUUACGUGCCAAAACUACGGUACGAUUAUGAUGCACGCCGUAGUAGAGGACUCCGAAUUAAUUUAAGCCACCUGCCUUGGUUUUUUAACAUGCACCCAUUGCACAGUACAUGGUGUUUUUGCAUUUCCCCCCCAUCAAAGUGCGACCACCUGUGGCCGGGAUCUUAUCCCAUGCCCUUGGACUUAGCAGCUCAAUGCCCUCGCCACUAUACCACCAUAACGGUAACCACAUGGCAGUCGGUGUUCUUCAUUCCGAGUGUAAUUGUGAAGUGUUGUCCAGUUUUAUACAAAAUAGCAAUUCUCGUCUUCACCAAGUGCUUUAGCAGAGGCAGAGUUGUUUCAAGGCAGGCUGCAAGUCUGCCUGGAGUUUCUUGACUCACUUGUGUAAGAAAUGCCAUUCUGUUCAUGCAUGAAAGUUACAAUAUUGCCUAGCAGGUCCAAGACCGUUGUGCUAGUUAGUCGCUUACCUUUGCCAGCUGGAAACAUCUUGUUAAUCAGGGGCCCAUUUUGCACCUAUGCUUGAAGGUUUCCCGCAUAUCGCCACAGAUACACAGAUAUCGCCUUCAGGAGGAAAGUCUAAUUUCACUAGCAUCUGCUAUCAGGAUAACUUCAAAUGCAAACAAUUCCGAAACUACUUCAAUGUGUUCUUCCAUUUCUAGGUUCAUCUGCAUUUGUAAUGUUGCUUAAUUAAGAUUACAAAACAUACACUUGGGACUACUCCGUGCUUAGAAAUCAGAUACAAAGGGAUUACAUGUCAUGCUUCCAUGCAAUUACGGUACAUGUGAAAGGCAUUCCUCUUCACAUUUCAAUUUAUGCUGAUGGUACAAAGCUUUCACACGCAGAUAUUACCUUCAGGAGAAAAGUAUAAUUGUAAUAACAUGUACAAGAACUUUUAACAUUGUGGUUCAACUAUUAUGGGGAAAAUUGUAGUAUGCAGGGUGUAGAGGGUACAUUGUUACGUGUGGAACUCGAGUGCAAACAAUGCACAUGAAAGAAGAUGAACCGAAGUGUCCAUUCUUGUACAUGAACAUGGUCAGUCUGGUUUGUAUACUUUCUUGUGCAUGUCUGUUAUUUGUGACUAGCUAGCUUCCUUAAUUACACUACCUGCUUCACAACAGCAUGUUCUGCAAGGAGUGCAGUUUGUUGCAAAAUAUUUAAGGCCAGCACUGUCACGGUUCCACCCCUGACAGAGACAUUGAACUUCACUCUUGCUGUCAUCAAAGGCCAUUACAGGAGCUUGUACCCUAGUGACAGGAAUGUUGGCCUUUGUACAUUUACUGUACAUGGUUUAAUCUAACUGGCUUCCUGCAUUAAACUUGACUCCAAGCUGUCAUUCAGAUAUGGCACAUGACAAUUGCUACAGACUUCAAGACUAAACUCUGUUGGUAUCAGUUCUGUGAUAAGAUUAGCAGUUUAGUGUGCUAGUGUUUAUGCUGAACUUGAAGCAUUUCCAAAGUCCCAAGUUUCUCUGUCUUAAAAGACAAUAUAAAGGAUUGACCACUACGUCUGACUCCCAGAUGUGUAAUGUAUGCAGAUGCCAGCAAUGCAUUGAUUAAGCUGGUCAUCUACAUAGUAAUGUGAAGAUUUUGUGGAGGACUAUUUCUGAACCACCAGCAUUUGGUUCCACACUGGACAUAUUUUCAAUUCACAGGUAAUGAAAUGCUCAAUCUGGCUGUAUUAGUAGGUUGCUCUUUUGGACGUUCGAUAACAUUUACUUGGAGAGAACAAGAUUGCCUUAUUGGCCGCAAGAGAUGAAGAUCAAGCUUUCAUUUUAUUUUUUCAUUAUUGCAUUCACGCCGUGGCACCAACAAUGUUAUGCAAAGCGGAACAGACGCCACUUAAAUUUUAUCAAUUUGUCUUCUUUUAUGCAACAGAAGUUGUCAGCUUAAGUUAUUCUUUUAUUUUGAAUUCAACACAUUUGCUUUUGUACAUGUGUGUAAGUUGUGCGUAUGUGCAGCAUUAGCCGGACAUCCUGCACCCAUGAUUACUGAGCACUUGGGGUUCCAGAGUGCCUCUGAGUAACGCCUGUGUUAAACUCCAUAAUUUAAUGUAUAUGGCAUGCGUGCUCAACUAGUCUGGUUGUGCUGUGUUUUUGCUGUAGUUCUUUUUUGUGUAUGUGUGUCUGUGUUGUAGUGUAUCUUGUACAUAGCACUUGAACUAGCAAUCCUUUUGCAGUCUUUCACAGAGUUCUUGGCAAUUUUUUUGCACCUUCUUGCAUUUCUGCAACUGCAGUCCACGAGAUGGAGUCAAAUGUUCCUAGCUGUGUGUGAUGAGUGGCUGUGACGAACGUGACAAGUGUGUGACCUGCUGAAAGGCCCCUGGCAAAAUACAGUAGCAGACGGGAAGUGUUGCUACAAUGUCGCUCUAUGUUAAAAUUUUGUGUGUAAAGCGUGCUUUACCUUCUAUCAUGAGAAGCCAGCAAAAAAAAAGACACCAGGGACAACAUAGGGGAAAUUACUUGUACUUACUAGUUGAGUUAAAGAAAUGAUAAAUUAAUGGCAAUGAAAGCGGAGUAAAAAACAAUUUGCCACAUGUGGGGAACGAUCCCACGUCUUCGCAUUGCGCGUGCGAUGCUAAUCAGAUCCACAUGUAUGUUGGGUCUGCAUAAUUUUUUUAAAGUGCAUAGGAAUGUACAAGUGCAUCGAUCAUCUUCACUAGGUUGGGAUUUUAUGUCACACAAGAGCCUGCUAUCAGUCUUUUAUUCCCAGGACCUUUGCAAGGUUGGAAACCAUGUAAAGCGAAGCUUUAGUGAAGUGGUUUAAGAAAUGCUAUAAAAUUAGGUGUGACUUGUACAGUUGUCUUUAUGUUUAUCCUACGCAGUGUGUAAUCUCAUGCAGUGUUUGCGUUUAUGCACAACCCCAUUUACAAACUAUGCUGAAAUGAAAACACUAUAUUGGGCAAAUGCACGUUGCGAGACAUUGACGCAGUGGUAUCACAAGGAUGAAGGCAAUGUACAAUGCUUUUAGAGAGUAUAAUGUUGAUGCGACAUUUCUGCACAGAGAAGUACGAGACAUAUAUAAAUGCACUUAAGGCUUCUAUACGCCUUGUGUCACGUGCCGAAGUGUAGCAGCUCGAGGUGGCGUUCGGGCCAGGAAUCCAUCAAACCCAUUGACGAGUACGUCUGAUAGUAGGAAUGGAGGAAAAAAGGUUUAUUUUACAUUAUUUACAAUGGUUCCAGAUAUGGAAGCCCACUUCAUGUAGGAGCAUAUAGAACGUCUGAGUUCACAUCAGGACAUGUCAGCACUUCUCACUGUACCUAAGGUCCUCGCUUUUAAUACCAUCUUCCCUAGAUGACUAGACUAGGGAAUCUGAUGACUUUAUUUCAGACAAUCGCAAUCCCAAAUCGGUUGCAACUCUGCUUCUUAUGUUGCACCUUCGCCCCCGCAUAUGGCACAAACGCGUAGCAAUCUGGGAAUCUGAGGUUGAUGCUGUUCCCACGGUAGCAUUCGACAUUGGCCCUUUUCAUAAAUUAGGUCAAGUUGUCAGGUUCAGAUAGAGAGGUUUUUGUUGACCCAUAAACAGUUGGCAUCAAUGCUACGCUGACUUCUGGAGAGGCGCUGAUGAAUGGGGGGUUGCCUCGUGGUAAACGUCUAAGGAAUGCUCAUCGCCAUUAUGAGACAUAACAGAAGCUUCCAAGAAUGAAGUAGCCCAAAUAUAAGAAAUUUAAGAAAAUCAAAGAAACUGUUCAAUACCAUUAAGAGGUUUGUGUGCUUUAGCCGACGUUAUAUGCACAGGUUCUUGCGUAAUUGUCUUUUACAUUGAUCAGAGGUGCAGUCGCUAACACUAACAUAUAAAGCUAUAUAUUACUGUGCAUUUCACAUAACUUAAAAUCUAAAUCACCUGGACGGAAAACCUUUCACAUUGAAAAAGGUUUUGGGACCAUGGCCUCGUUUAUAGCAGCUACAAAAAGCCGCAAAAGCACUGCUGUGAUUUCUGAAGGCCACAAGACUGAACGACCGUCUGUGAUACAGAGCAGAGAACUGUCACUACGUCGUCUAUAUGAACAGCGGACUUUCUAUUCCUCUCUUAAUCUUUUCUUCCCUUUUUCCCCUUCCCCCGGUGCAGGGUAGCCAGCCUGGCUCAGUCCUGGUUAGCCUCCAUGCUAUUAAUUUAUCCUAUUUUCUCCCUCUCUCUCUCUCUCUCGCAUAACUUGAACCAUACUUUAACACUACAAUGAUACAGCUUAAUCGAAUGAGACCCAUCGCAAAAAAGAAAAGUAAUCAUUCACAAUGUGCAGCAUACGUGAGCUACAUUUAAAUCUACCACAGUCCGAAAUGAUGAGUUAGGCCAGUGGCUAACAUGGGUGCAAAAACGUUGGCUUUCGACAGGCGGUCGGGCUUCAUUAUUUGAAGACAACAAUUGAGAGUGCUGUAAUCCACAAGUGCAAGCAAGCAGAAAUGCCAUUUUUUUUUACAUUUUGCACAGAGAAAGGAACCACUUAAAAUAAGAUGUCAUGAGAACAACUUUAUGGAAAUUUUUGAGCAUAGUAUGCAUGCAACUUUUCAAAUAUCACUUCUGCUCUUAGACGAAUAUAGAAAAUUUUUUUGCACAACUAACAAGUAGCUUGCUAAUUGCACUGCAAAAAUAUUCGUAGUAACUUGGAACAACUAAAAACAAUGUACUGUUGGUCGCAUUUGUCUAAUAUGUACCACUCUACUUUUAAAAAUUUGAUUGAAGUUACAUGAAACACCCAGUUUAAGUAGUCUAUUCAGCCAAAAGCUUACCCACUUGCAUACUUACACCAAACACCAGGGGGGAGGCAAAGAAAGCUUUGCUUUAGAACAGCGCCAACUGUUAGGGUUAUUGUGGACAUUGUGCCUAAGCGCUGCCUUUGGCAGUUGCAAAAGUGAGCAAGUGUUAAAGUUGGUAGGGUGACGGUACCAUUUAGUGGUGAACAGUGGUAUCGCUGCAUCAAUACAUGGCCUCCAAUAUUCAGAGGCACAACAGAGAGUCGCGCCACAGCUUCGAGUGCAGCUCAAACAAACACAAGAUUUCAAUAACAUUUUGUUAGAAGAGAUUCAUGCGAUGUUCAACAGGCAAAGUCCAGCCUCCAUAAAUGGUGUUGCCUCGCCCCUUUAACUUGCUCGUCAAUGUGAUUUUGUCAUGUUGAUCCUCGUGUUCUCACUAUAUCUCCUUGCGCAAAACCGUAAUUUGGAGGAGAAGUCAGGCUUGGCCUGGUUUUUAUACAGUUUUAGCUUUGACCUAGACGCCAGACAUGAAGGGGGAAAAGGAAGGACAAACAUGUGUCUCCAUAUGUGAAUGCACCGUCUAUACUAAAUUACUUGAAAUUGCUGUGUGUGCGCGACAAAACUGGGUGCUAACUGUGCUGUCAUCCCAAAACUAAGUAUCUGUGAAAAUCGUGCCAGUGUCGCACACACUGUCAAUGUGGAAAAAGAGACUUGCCAUCUAGUUUGGUACUUUAUAUUUCCAUUUCAUUCCAACAUAGCAGUAAGGAAAUGAAUGAACUGGGCUAGUUGGUAUUCGUUAAUUUUAAACUGCACCAAGCGACACUGAUCACGGUGGAUGACACAUCCUGUCUCGUGCUACGUCUGUGUCGUUUACCAUGAUUAGUGUCUUUUGGUGCAGUUUAAGAUUAUAGUGCAGUGAGGUUUUGCCAGAAAUAUGUUGCUUGUGCUGUUACAAUACAUUGGUAACUAUCAAUUUAGCUCAUACAUUGCACUUGUAUUAGUAGCAAUAAAAUUGAUUUAGAUUCAUGCAAGUUCUUUAUUCUGGUAUUUUGUCCUCUCUGUUGCUGUCUCUACAUCUUGUCUAUGCAAAACAAAUUAUAAAUGAAGCUAAGUAGUGAGUGUGGUGUUUACACAAUGGCACUGCUGAGCCUUUGACAUAGUUUGGAACUAAUUAUGCUUAAAGGGCCCCUCACCAGGUCUGGUCAUUUUGAGCUGACAAGCGCAGAGCACACAAUGCACAAAUGAUUGUGUUUGCAAAGAAUUGCAUCGCUAUGCGCCGCGGAAAGGUCUGAAAUUUCAAUCUAAACGCCGUUUUCCCUUCUCCUCGCGGCCGCUGAGCUCUAAGCCAGACGGUGACAUACUCGCGUCCCUGCGCCUACGUACUCGGGUCCGCAGUGUGAUGUCGCUCGUGGUGGCACGUGACUUCGAGAAUUAUUCAAGGCACCAUCUGUUAUUUGUGUGGUCUUUUGCUUGAAUUUACGAAUGGAAGUUUAGAAAAAUAAUAAAACACACAAACGGAA